CUCUGAUCUGGAGCUGAUGAAAAUUAUGAUAAUUAUUUCGUAUGUUUUUCUUUUCAAGUUCUGAAUUAUUUCGAUCCUAAUUUUAAUACCUACUAACUAGAAUUUAAUAUCUAAUAUGGUAAAAUACAAUUACUUUGCAAGAUUACUUCACGAUAGUAAUACGGACGUAGUCUGAUGGUGAUGAUGGGCCAACUUACUUUUCUACUAAGUUUAUGUUCUUGUGGAGUAAAUCAUAAGGAUUAAAGGGCCUCUUCUAGUAUAUUUCUAUGUUCUAUGUCAUGUACACUUUAUAGUACGACUUAUAACAACAAUCAUAUAUGUAGGAAUAUUUUGGUUUAAAUUAAGUUCUGCUCGUUGAGAUUAUCUGAAAAGUUCGAAGCUUAAAGUACAAAGAUAUUAUGCAAUACUAUAGUUAUUUGUCACAUAUAUUAUGUUUAUAACUUUAUCAGAUUGAGAUUUUUAUCUUGUUUAUUUAUUUUACAAGAACAAUUUAGAUAGAGUUCUAUGAUGCUGUUGAAUAGUCACAUACAAAUUCAAUGAAGAUGUUCGUUUUUAUCUAAAGCUAUACAUUCCGUUUAUACCAAACAUUUCAGACAAGUGAACACGGAACUUGAUUUUUUUUAAUAUACUGGCAAUAACAAAUACUGUUUCUUUUCUUAUUUAAGUACUACUCUAUUCAAUUGCAGAUUUAAAAAAAGUUUUAGCUUUAUUUCACUCAGUGAUUAGAGCACUCGCCUGGCUCGAAUCUUAUCUUAGGGUGCCAGGGACCAAGUGGAUUUUAUAAGCAUUUUUUAUUAAGAAUAAUAUUUACUGUAAAUAAUCUCCAGUUAAAUGCUAAAAAAACGAAAUAUAUAAAAUUUAUGUUACCUAAUGUAAAAGUUGAACUUACAGAAAUUAUACUUAAUGAUGAAAAGCUCGAUUUGGUUGAUUCAACAAUAUUCUCAGGUGUAACGCUGGAUUCUAAAUUGCAAUGGCAUCCUAACAUUUCAUUAUUGGCAGGAAAACUAAGUUCAGCUGCCUUUGCGAUAAAAAAAAUUAGGCAACUUAUAGAUGUAGAUACCUCUAGGACAGUAUACUUUAGUUAUUUCCAUAGCGUUAUGUCAUAUGGCAUUCUGGUGUGGGGUAUGGCUGCAGAUAAAGAGUCUAUAUUUAUUUAUUUUCUUCUCGGUACAAGGUCUCCCGCCGUAGAUUUACGAACCGAUGGCGUAGCUCUCGAUGUAACAGCCUAGACUGAAUAAAUAAUUUUGAUUUGAUUUGAUUUAUUAUUUUUCUUAAUAUAUUAAAUGUGAUCCAUUAAAAUAAAUUACCGUAAUACAACUUAUUUCUAUCAUACAUUAUUUUUUCAAUACGCAAGCAACAUGAAAUAUUUAAAACAGUGUCAUUCAAAUAAAAAAUUCAAUCAUUCGGAUAUUGAGAUAACCAGAAGAUAAACGCAGAAUCUUUUGAAUCAAUACAAAGAGAUAUACAACAGUAUAUGCCGCGCCGACAAAAGCGUAACAAAUUACAUAUUCGGAAACGGUUAUUGUUUUACCAUUGAACAAAAGAGGUUUAUAAAUAAAAAGUGUAAAAAUGACAUCAGACCAAGAUGGUAUUUUGAACAAACCUAGUGAGUAUGCUUUGUCAUUCGAGUGGAGCAGCCAACGUCAGGGCGUAAUCCUAUCUUCUUUUUUCUGGGGAUACGUUAUCCUGCAAAUACCUGGUGGAGAGUUGGCAGCGAAGUUUGGUAGCAAGCUUCUAAUCAUUAUUUGCAUCGCAGUUAACUCCGCCAUUUCUAUACUCAUUCCUGUAAGCGCUGGUUUAGGCGGAUGGCAAUUGGUAUGUGCCUGCCGCGUGUUGCAAGGAUUGUCACAAGGAUUUCUGUAUCCAUCAAUGCAUAAUAUAAUUGGAAAAUGGAUUCCACUGCAAGAGAAGAGCAGUUUAGGCACUAUUAUUUAUUCAGGUACAAAAGUAGCCCGACAAUACUAUGUAUCCGCGCGGUGUCUCGUGCGGUCAUGGAGCGAGUGUGUCGACGUUGUCGCGGCCCUCGGUCGGUGCCGAGCUCCGCUCCUCCUCCUCUUCACCCCAUGCCCCGGGCUCGCCCGCGUGCGCGCGGGCAGUGCCCAUCUCGGUACAGCGCUUCAAUUAUUAGUGUCGGGCUACAUAGCCCAGUACUGGGGAUGGCCGGCAAUCUUCUACGUGAACGGCACUCUAGGUAUAUUGUGGACGGUUUUCUAUAUCUUCAUUGGAUCAGCGUCGCCAAAGACUUCAGGUAUUAUCAGUGAAGAAGAGAAGGUCUAUAUUGAGACGUCGCUUGGACAUGUCGGUGUGCAAAAGAAAAUGAAAACUCCGUGGAAGUCAAUCUGUACAUCCAUCCCCUUCAUCGCGCUAAUAAUUGCACACUGUGGUCAAAACUGGGGUUUCUAUACUCUUUUGACCGAGAUGCCUUCUUAUAUGAAGCAGGUGCUUGGUGUUGAUAUUAAAGCUAACGGGGUGAUGUCAGCACUUCCCUAUAUAGCUAUGUAUGUGUUAAGCUUCCCACUGGGCUUUAGUGCAGAUUAUAUUUUGAAAAAGAAUUGGCUGAGCAUUACUGCUUGUAGAAAAAUAUCAAACUCUAUAGGUCAAUGGGGUCCAGCUCUUGCUCUCAUUGGACUAUCGUACGCACCUGCAGAUACUGCAAUAGCAGUAGCCAUCUUGACAGCAGUAGUGGGUUUGAAUGCGGGACACUACACUGGAUAUAUGUUGGUGCAUAUCGAUAUGUCGCCCAACUUCGCCGGCCCCCUGAUGGGCAUCACCAAUUGUAUCGCUAACAUCAUAUCCAUGAUCGCACCUCUCAUAGCUGGAGCCAUUCUCGUAGAUCAGUCAUUCUUUGAUUGGAACAGCCAGCGUCAAGGGGUAAUACUAUCCUCGUUUCUGUGGGGAUACGUUAUCCUGAAAAUACCUGGUGGAGAGUUGGCCGCAAAGUUUGGUAGCAAGCUUCUCAUCAUUAUAUGCAUUGGUGUUAACUCUGUCGUUUCUAUGUUCAUACCUAUAAGCGCUAGUUUAGGUGGCUGGCAAUUGGUAUGUGCCUGCCGCGUGUUGCAAGGAUUAUCACAGGGAUUUCUGUAUCCAUCAAUGCAUAAUAUUAUUGGAAAAUGGAUUCCAAUACAAGAAAAGAACAGUUUAGGAACUAUUAUAUACUCAGGUCACUGGGGUCCAGCAAUUGCUCUCAUCGGACUGUCUUAUGCACCUGCAGACACUAUCAUAGCCGUCUCCGUCCUAACAGCAGUAGUAGGCUUAAACGCUGGACAUUACACUGGCUAUAUGUAUGUAUUGGUGAUUAGAAUAUUCCACCUUUUAAACAUCGUUUUCGACCAACAGUUGGUGCAUAUAGACAUGUCUCCGAACUUCGCCGGCCCCAUGAUGGGUAUCACCAACGGCAUCGCCAACAUGACCGAUCAGAAUCAAUGGCGAGCUGUCUUCUAUAUGGCAUCAGCCGUAUAUUUUAUUACAAAUUUAAUAUUUGUCAUCUUUGGGACUAGCAAGUUGCAGGAAUGGAAUGAGUCUAGCAUAGACGAGAGCAAAAGUAAAGAAAAACCAAUUGGAUUCCGACACCUACAAGUCGUCUUUUGGUUCCUUGCUAUGACUCUGGGUUUCAUCUACAGAGUUAAUAUAAGUAUGGCUCUUGUGGCUAUGACUGAUUCGACUAAGGAAGAUGCGUUUGAUUGGUCAGUGAGUUCCCAGAGUACAAUUUUAUCGUCUUUCAUGUGGGCAUACGUGAUCAGCCAGUUCCCUGGAGGAGAGUUGGCUGCCAAGUUUGGAGGAAAGCUCCUUCUUGUACUAUGCAUUUCUUCUAAUGUUAUCGUAUCAUUUCUCACACCAACAUGCGCCUACUCUGGUGGUUGGCAGCUUGUAUGUGUUUGCCGAGCCAUCCAAGGAUUUGGUCAAGGAGUGCUAAUGCCAUGUAUGCAUAAUCUCAUCGGUAAAUGGGUACCGUUAGAAGAGAAAAGUCGCCUAGGAACUUUUGUAUAUGUUGGUGGUCAUUUCGGGAUGGGCUUACAGAAUUUCGUAUCAGGAUACAUAGUUAGCCGUUGGGAUUGGCCUGCUAUAUUCUAUGUGAAUGCCGUUGUUGGUAUAGUUUGGCUCAUUCCCUUCAUUAUAUUUGGAUCUGACUCACCAUACACGUCCAGAUGGCUCAGCAAAGAGGAAAAGGAUUAUAUUCUAACCUCUUUGGGCCAAACCGGUGUGCAAAAGAAACUUAGAACCCCAUGGAAAAAGAUGUGGACUUCUAUGGCUUUUAUAUCGUUGAUAGUAGCGAAUUGCGCGCAAAAUUGGGGCCUUUGGACUUUGAUGACUUUGAUGCCUAUGUAUUUGAGUCAGGUGCAAGGGGUGGACAUAAAGUCAAAUGGUUUGAUGUCUGCCAUACCUUACCUGGGAAUUUUAAUUAUGAGUUUUCCAUUUGGCUAUAUAGCAGAUCUUGUGAUAGAGAAAAAAUGGAUGAGUUUGACUGUGACAAGAAAGAUCUUUAAUAGUAUAGGUGCCUUCGGUCCUGGACUUGCCCUUAUUGGUUUGUCCUAUGCACCUGCUGAUGUUAAUAUUGCAGUGACGCUGCUGACUCUAGUAUUGGCACUGAAUGCUGGACACUUUACUGGAUACUUGCUAGGUCACAUUGAUAUGGCUCCAAACUUCACGGGCACCAUGAGUGGAAUUACAAAUGGCUUCGCUAACGUCCUGUCUAUAUUUGCACCUUUAGCCGCUGGUUUCAUUUUGAAAGAUGAGACGAAUCCUGACGAUUGGCGCAAAGUAUUCUACUUAUCUUCAGGCCUGUAUAUCGGCUGCAAUACAUUUUAUAUCAUAUUCGGCAGCAGCAAGAGACAGAAAUGGAAUGAGCCUGAAGAAGAAAAAUCGGGUCUGUAUAAUAAGAUUAUUGUAAUAAUUAUAUAA